AUGGAUAAUCUUUUGGUGAUGUUGUUGCAUAUUAAUCUGAAUGGUCUGGUGCUGCUGCUGUUGAACUUGCUGUUGCUGUUGUUGUUCCUUGAAUUUGCAAUUGUUGAUGUUGAUGUUGUUCAUGAGCUUGCAUUUGCAUUUUCUGUUGCGCUUGUUGCUGUUGCUGGGCUUGUUGAUGCUGUUCAUGAGCUUGCAUUUGCAAUUGUUGUUGUUGCUGUUGAGCCUGCUGCUGUUGAGCCUGCUGCUGUUGAGCCUGCUGUUGUUGAGCCUGCUGUUGUUGAGCCUGCUGUUGUUGAGCCUGCUGUUGUUGAGCCUGCUGUUGUUGAGCCUGCUGUUGUUGAGCCUGCUGUUGUUGAGCCUGCUGUUGUUGAGCCUGCUGUUGUUGAGCCUGCUGUUGUUGAGCCUGCUGUUGUUGAGCCUGUUGUUGUUGAGCCUGCUGUUGUUGAGCCUGCUGUUGUUGAGCCUGUUGUUGUUGAGCCUGUUGUUGCUGGACCUGUUGCUGUUGGGCCUGCUGCUGUUGGGCCUGCUGCUGUUGGGCCUGCUGCUGCUGCUGCUGUUCGUGUGCUUGUAAUUGUAAUUGCUGUUGUUGUUGAAGAUUGA